CACUAUGGAUCCUGCUCUAUUGGAUUUUGAUUUAUUUAAAAAAAUAGACUCCACAUAUACGUAAUUGGAAUAGAGCAAUAGUUUUUUAUUUUUUAUGUAUUUCUUACUGUUUCUUUCUUUUUUACCUUGUAUAUGUUAAAGAAGGAGUUCAAAGUGAACAAAAUCUAGAUAUCUGCAUAUUUUACAUUUAAAAAUAUAAGAGGAAUUGUAAAUAGAAAUUAAAUCACCGAAUUGAAAUGAAAAAUUUGAAAUAUAGAAUUACAUUGAGUAUCAAGGAGAAGGAAACACUUCUGUAAUGAUAUCAGUACAUGUGUCAACGUUAUAUUUCUUUCGAUAUUUUUCAAACCAAAGUGAUAAAAUUGUUUCCAAUUUUUUUUUGAUAUAGAAUGUAAGAAUCAUAGAAAUCCUCCUAUAUGGAAUGUGUUAAACAGUCUGUUAUUUACUUUCAACUCCCAUUUUGUGUGCUACUUGAGUAAAGUAAGCAAUGAUUAUCUCAAAAACAUAUGAAUCAAGACCCAUAGUAUGUAUGACCCUUUUGAUUUAUAUUAAAUUACCCAACAUAAUGGGUUCAAGAGCUGAGCAGGAUAGGCUCUUAAGAAUUUCUACAACUUUAUAUGUUGGAAAUUUAUCGUUUUAUACUACAGAGGAACAAAUAUAUGAACUAUUUUCAAAAUGUGGUGAUAUUAGAAGAAUUAUCAUGGGAUUGGAUAAAUAUAAAAAAACACCUUGUGGGUUUUGUUUCGUUGAGUAUUAUCAAAGGGCUGACGCCGAAAACUGUAUGCGAUAUAUUAAUGGCACUCGCUUAGAUGAUAGAAUUAUUAGAACAGAUUGGGAUGCUGGUUUUAUUGAAGGCAGGCAAUAUGGAAGAGGCAAAACUGGAGGACAAGUAAGAGAUGAAUACAGAUCAGACUUUGAUAGUGGAAGAGGAGGCUAUGGUAAAAUAAUACAACAAAAAGUAACUCCACUUUCUGAUGGAGCUUUUGGACGUUAAAAUUGUAUGAAUAUGACUGCUUUUUAAUUUUAAAUUUUGUAUGUAUAAGAAAAUUAUUAGUAUUUAAUUAAUCGCAUUUAAGGAUAGAUAACAUGAUAUUUAAAAUAGUAACUAUAACAGCUGUACAUACAUAGUAAAUAAGGACGACUAUGAAACAUAAGUAAAAAUUAUUUUUUAAAAAUUAUACAUAACAUAGUGGAAA